UAAAACAUCCAGAGGGUUCCAGUUUGCCUGUCAGUUCCAAAAAAAUGUCCAGGAAACAGUUAUAGUUGGAUAUAACUCACAGAUGCCACUUCAGUGGAAGAUUAGUGUUCCAUGUUAUGCCAUUUAAAGGAUGAUUCUAAAUACAACUAUCCAACAGUAAAGCUCAUUGGGUUAAAUGGGGCAAACUUCCCAGGGAAAAGGCUGUAGGAUUGAAACUUUAGAAAAUAAAUCAACUCUUGAUGAUAGAAGAACAUAGACAAUUUAAAAAACCAAAACAAAUUUGGAAAAUUAAAAAGGCAACAUUAAAACCUCCUUAAACUGUGAAACAGAAAUCUUUUCAUUACAGUUCAUAGCUUUUUAAAGAGUAAAACAAUGGUUUUAGACUUAAACUUAUUUCAAAUUAUGGCUUUUAUCUAUUGGAUGAUGGUGUUUUCUUAAUGUAGCUUAUGAUUUAAAGACAAAACUAAAAUGACUCUGGCAACAUUGUGGUUCAUAUUCAAAAGGUGGCCAUCUUUGUUAUCUGCAUUCUGAUGUUGGUUUUAAAAUAGAUUAAAUGGAAUGUAUUCACUUAAGUGGAAAGCAUGACUGUUAUUGAGCUGUAUGUACUUAGAAAAAUUAACCCAAAUCUGAAGACAUACCAUCAGUGGGUAUGUAACAGGUUGAUUUUUGUCUAGCCAUCUUAUAAGUCAGCUAAAGGGUCCUUUCUAGAAGAACUGUGUUUCUGUAAUCACAAAUACAGGGAAACCCUAGUGACAUGCUUAGAAAAUGAAUAUCUCCAGUACCUUUUGGUUUUCUUUAGCUCUUAGUUUAUACUUGCUGACUUGCUCUGUUGGUUCUGUAGCACACUGAGAAGCAAAAAAAGGGCACAGAAAACAGUGAAGCUUAGGUUGGAAGCAUUCUCAAAUCUUGCCAAUUUAAGAGUUGAGGAAAACUUGGGCGAAAUGUGGAAUAACAUGGUUCCUGAAUGGAAACUAAUAUUAACCUCUUCAGAUACCUUUGAUUGAAAUUGCUCAAAACAUGUGGUGAGCAACACUACAUUGACUUUUCAAAGAACUAAAAGUCUGUAUGGAUUCUUUGUUUUUGUGCAUCAUUAAAAUGUCUAGAGUAGGCAUGUGUCAUUCUAUAUGGGAAGAAAGAGAAGUAGUGCCACUUGGCUCUCAUCUGUAGAAUGGUAACUGAAUGACAGAUAGAUAGAAACUUUAUUAUAGUCAAAGACCAGCUCCAUUGAAUAAAUAAAUAGAUUUUAAAAAGAAGAAAAUACAUUGAAGGUUAUCUGUCAUAAAACCCCAGUCAGAUUAAUAAUUACUUUGACACAAUAUGCUACUAUCAUACUUCAUAUCAGUCAUCUUAAGUAGAUGACAUUCUCAGUUGGAGUUUGUCUUUUCUCCAAAUAGGUAGGACCACACCCCCUCAGGAUCUGUCUUUGGACACCCAUCGAGGCCGUGAAGAAUUUAGUGACACUCGUGGAUCUGAUGAGCUUCUUCCUUCUGGUUUCGCUUACGGGCCUCUUACCAUGAGCAAUUCUACUCCUGCUACAGCUAAUGGGAAUGACAACAAGAAAUUCAAAGGAGACAGAUCUCCCUGUUCCCCUUCUCGAGUCCUUCAUCUUCGUAAAAUUCCAAAUGAUGUCACUGAAGCAGAAGUAAUUUCUUUAGGUUUACCCUUUGGCAAAGUAACCAAUCUCUUGAUGUUGAAAGGAAAAAGCCAGGCUUUCCUAGAAAUGGCUUCAGAAGAAGCUGCUGUUACUAUGGUGAACUACUACACUCCUGUUACUCCUCACCUCCGCAGUCAGCCUGUUUAUAUUCAGUAUUCCAACCACAGAGAACUUAAGACUGACAAUCUAUCUAAUCAGGCUAGAGCUCAAGCUGCACUGCAAGCAGUGAAUGCUGUGCAAUCCGGAGGCUUGGCCCUUACAGCUGCUCCAGCUACCGAAGGUGGACUACCUCCUGGUCAGAGUUCUGUUCUUCGAAUUAUAGUUGAAAAUCUCUUCUACCCUGUAUCUCUAGAAGUGCUAUAUCAGAUCUUCUCCAAAUUUGGGACUGUUUUGAAGAUUAUCACAUUCACCAAGAACAAUCAAUUUCAGGCCUUGCUUCAAUAUGCUGAUCCAGUGAAUGCACAUUAUGCCAAAUUGGCUCUUGAUGGUCAAAAUAUCUAUAAUGCUUGCUGUACUCUUCGUAUUGAUUUCUCCAAGCUAACAAGCCUUAAUGUAAAAUAUAACAAUGAUAAAAGCAGAGACUUUACUCGUUUGGACCUUCCUUCAGGGGAUGGGCAGCCUUCCCUUGACCCCACUAUGGCAGCUGCUUUUGGCACUCCAGGUAUCAUCUCUUCACCAUAUGCAGGGACUGCUGGUUUUGCUCCUGCCAUUGGCUUUCCCCAAGCUGCAGGUCUGUCAGUCCCAGCUGUUCCCAGUGCACUUGGUCCUCUUGCAAUCACCACAUCUACCAUGACUGGGCGUAUGGCUAUACCAGGAGUUACUGGAAUGCCUGGAAAUUCUGUUUUGCUUGUUAGUAAUCUCAAUCCUGAGGCAAUCACACCAGAUGGACUAUUUAUUCUAUUUGGUGUUUAUGGUGAUGUCCAUCGUGUAAAAAUCAUGUUUAAUAAGAAGGAAAAUGCCUUAGUUCAGAUGGCAGAUGCAACCCAAGCCCAACUAGCCAUGAAUCACUUAAAUGGACAAAAACUUUAUGGAAAAGUUUUGCGUGUUACACUCUCAAAACAUCAGACAGUACAGCUUCCUCGUGAGGGACAAGAGGAUCAAGGCCUGACUAAGGACUACAGUAAUAGCCCUUUGCAUCGCUUUAAGAAACCUGGCUCAAAGAACUUCCAGAAUAUCUUUCCACCAUCUGCCACUCUGCAUCUUUCCAACAUUCCACCAUCUGUCACAGUUGAUGACCUGAAGAAUCUUUUUGCUGGUACUGGAUGUAUUGUGAAAGCCUUCAAAUUCUUUCCAAAAGACCGCAAAAUGGCCCUUAUCCAGUUGGGCUCUGUGGAAGAAGCAAUUCAAGCUCUUAUUGAGCUUCAUAAUCAUGACCUUGGAGAAAACCAUCACCUCAGAGUUUCCUUCUCCAAAUCUACAAUCUGACAUUUCUGUGACCUUUUCCUUUUUAAGAUGCUGCCCACAAUGACCAGUAAAUUCUUCAGACAGACUGGAGUAGCCAAAACCAACGCUGCAUCCUUAAACAAUGAAAUUUGUGUGGUUCUAGUGUAUUUCUAUACAUGGUAACAAUCAAGGGGUGAUCUUUCUGUAUCUUCUUCCGUUUGAAUGGCUACAAUUUUUUUCUUCUAUAGAAUUUAAUAACACAAUUUUUAAUAGAAAACCCUCCUUUUUAAUGAUUUCAGGAACAUAAUUUAUAGUUUUUAUUCCAAAACAAUGUUACACAACAUUUCUGUGACCCAUUAAAUUUUGCUAUCAAAAGAUUGUGUUCAAAAUAGAUUUAGUGGGAGGUUUAAAUGCUGUUUAGAAUGCAGGUGGGGAUAGGGAAAUCCCCCCCCCCCAUUAACUAACAUUCUAAUCCGUGUGUUUUGAAAAUGUUGUAUGGAAGGCAGUGCCUUCUUUUCCCAUGAAGUCAAAUAAAUUGCAUAAUUGAUCUUAGUGUGAUCAUAAUGACACUUUUAACUAGAUAUUAAAUCAUUGUGUGAGAGAUUAAUACUAUGAAAUUAUGAUAUGAUUUUUAUUAUGAUGAAAUGAUGUGUAAUAAGAUUUUGGAGAAAAUGAAAGAAGAAAUAUGUCCUGAUUUCAAGUUUUGUAUAUUUCUUUCAGAAAAAAAUGUUUACACUCUUAAGGAAAAAAUUCAGGUCUGUCAUAUGGUUUGACAAAUUUUUAGAAAGGUUAUUUUUGGUAAGGUCUUGUUUAAAAAUAUAAAAUUAAACCUCAAGGGUUUUUUGUACCACUAUAAUCGCUAAUACUUAAAUCAGAAUUACUGUGUAUUUACUUAAUUUCUUAUGUGCCUUAUUAUGUGCUUAUAAUGAAACAAUAGUUUAGAGUUUUAUCUGAAGUAUCUUUAAACUGUAUUGUGGCUUGGUGACUUUUUUCCUUUGUCUUAGUUUUUAAACGUUUGGUGAUUUAAAAAAAUGUUUUUAAUAACUAAUAGUCAAAUCAGAUUUUUGGUGCUUUGGUACAGGGAUGGGGAAAGUGGGGACUGAAGAUAACUCAGUGCACAUCCUUAUAGGCCUCUUCACAAUAUUUUGGAGGUUUUAGUUUAGUGUCACCACUAUUGGGCUGUAAAGAAUGUUAUUCAGUUUCUGGACGAUAUCUAACCCGUUGAGCCAUUGGCUCUUCGAGAAUAUUUUGCCUCAGGAUUCCUUUUCACCCAACAGUACUGGAGUUGCUGUACUAAAUGUAGACUGGCUUUUGUUCAUAAAUGUCAUAACUUCAGUACUGAAUGUUCACUCCUUAAUGGAGAGCAAGAUGAGAUGCAAUCUUACUAUUUUUUUGUGAAAUAUAGGCAUACACAAGUUAUUUCUAUGAUUGUGAUACAAUGUUUUUAGAGGUGUCUCAUGUUAUGUCUACUGAAUUUUUUCAUUGUUUCCUAAGGUAUUCCUUUCACGUAUAAAGGUGGCUAAUCCUUUAAAUGGUUUUGAAAAUGGACACAAAGACUUAUGAAAUGGAGUGUAAUCACUUGUAGUGUGCUCAUUAUCUUUGGAAUUUUAAGCAAACUAAUUUGUUCUGUGAAUACCAGCUGUUGUUUGGCAAAAACAAAUUCCAUAGUUUAAGAUUAUGAUCCUUUAAAAUAGUAACUCAAUAAGUUUCUUGAUAACAUCACUAAAGCACAGGGGUGAGCAGCUCAUGGUCCUUCAGAUGUUUUGGCCUUCAGGUUGCCCCACUGCUGCUGUAGCAUGAAAGGAUAGGCAGUGAGACACUUGCUGUCUUUAAUUUCUAUAGCUAUAUUUGUGGAAGAUAGUCAGUUGAUAAUCACCGUUGGACACUUGGUUAGCAUGUGUACGUUUUGUCAGCAGAUGUUUAUCUAUGUAAAGUUAUGCUAGCAUCCAGUAAUAACUGACCCCAUUUUCACAGUUCACAUGACUUAACAGCUGUUGGAAAAUCACAGUGAGAUGAAAAGUUUAGUGUACCAAGAUCUUCUCAGUUUAGCAAUUACACGAGUGCCUAAUUCUGAUACGGCACUUGAGCCAAAAUGUGUCUCCUUCCAUUGAUUUCAAUGGAUGUGGCUCCAAGUAAGCAUGUUCAGGAUGACAACCUAUGUAAGCCUUAGUUAAAUAGCUUCUUGGAUUAGGGUCCCUAUGAAUAUGCCUCCUCCUUAGUGUAACUUGCUAAGUUACCUUUAAGCUUGGUCACCAUGUGUGUUUAAUGCUGCUACAAAGGGGGAUGUUGUUGGAGUUGAUGAAUGUAAUUGAAGCAGGAAAAAAUCAAGUUCUGAGAAUGAGCAUUAGCAUGUAUAAUAUCAAGAGUGCAGUGUCAGUGCGUGUGUGUGUGUGCGUGAGAGAGAGAGAGAGAGAGAGAGAGAGUGCAUGUGUGAAGUAUCCUAUGUGUAUGCUGAUACACAUUGCAAGCAUUUAAUUUAUUGAUUUAACUAUCUAAAAUACAAAAAAGCAACUUUGUAGUGUUAAUGGAAAAAGAAAUGGUCAACUUAACAAGAAAAAAUAGAGCUUCCCUUGGUCCCUAGAAAACAUAAUUUCUGUUCUACUUGCAGCCUGUGUUAUAGGGCAUACAGUUACAUUACAUGCUGACAAACAUUUUCUUAAAUUUAGUUUGAAUACACAUAUUUUGUGUGGUCUCGAGAUAGUAUCUUCUGUAUAGAUCAUCUUGGUUGUAGUGCAUGUGUGUUCAGUGUUUUGGAGUUGAUUUUAUUUUGUAAGGAUUUUCUUUUCCAUGAGCUGCAAAUAUGAGAAAUGGCAGUAUACACUUUGUUUGCAUUUAAAACAGUAAUUCAGUUUCCAGCAAUAGUAAGCUUAAGUUUCCUCUUCCCACCAAUUGCUUUAGAAGGCAACCCUUUGAAUUGGGAUUAAGAAAAGCUAACUUUACCGUUUUCCUGUCCUUUUAUUCGUUUGCUGCAGAUCACUUUACUGCAUCAGUUUCCUUGUCACUUAGAUCUAGAACUAGUGUCCUGAAAAAUUAAGUUGAUUAAGGGUGCAAGCCUGUGCAUGUAUAGACAAAAAAAGUCGUACAAUUGCCAGUAUGUCCUAGUCAGCAUUCUGCCUGGAGAGAUGUUGAGAGUUAUUGGAAUUUUUUCUAUCUAAAUGUGCAUAGGACUUUGUGUUAAGAGGGUGUGGUUAUUGAGUAGCAUUCAUCUGUGCAAAAAUCAAGCAUCCUGGCGUUGAAUAAUGAUUUUUCAGACUACUUGAUUAUUCUUAGCAUGAAUCUUUUCAUUUUUCUCCCUGUUUGAGCUCAAAGCAGUUGCAAUUUAAAAAUUUGUGACCCUUGCAAUUGCUUUGGAAGUGAAUGCUAUUCAAGUCAUGUUCUCCUGUGCAUUAAGUAUUCCUGCCAUCUGUACAAUUUGAGGUGUGUCUUAAGGCAUUGAAUAUAUUGGCUUUGAAUCAAAUUUUUACACAUUGAACAACCUCAGCAAAAGUGUUCUUUUAAUAUAUUGGAUAAAAGGAACAUUUCAAGAGAGAGGAUUUGCAGCUUAAUAAAUAAAUAAAAGCUGCUUCUUACAAGGAAAAUAAAAAAUGUGGAACAUUUCAAAACUUACAGUAGCACUUCAGAGCUGAAAUGGCUUCAGGACUGAUCUAGUCCAAGGCUUCUCAGUGUUGUGGAAGGCCUAGGUUUAAAAUUAAGAUCGAUACCAAGUUUAACUAAGUCACCUACAGUUGCCUGUAAUUCUUACUUCUAGAGGUUAAGCCAUAUUAGUGUUCACCCUGAAGGACACACUGCUGCUAGCUUGGAUACAAACUGGAAGGAAAAAUGCCUUUCUCUAUCAAAACUGGCUCAGGAAGGUCAUAGUGUAUUUUCAUGUUGGCAUAGUUGCAGACCCUUCAAGAGUCCCCUUGUCUUGGAUAUUUAAUGAUUAUACCAUUAAUCAACUAGAGUUUUCAGCCAAACAACUUUGCAAGUUAUAGAAUUUCAAAGAAAUUCAUUUUAAGCCUUGUCCAGACUUGGUUGCCUUUCACGUCUCCCACCAGUUGUGCUGUUACUGUGCCUGGAGAAUAUAUUGAGGGCUCUAUGUGCCUAGAUAUCCAAAUGUAGCCUUGAGGUGUCUGUGUGCUGCCUCUGCUUCCCAGACCUGAGGGACAGUGUGCAGCAGAAUCUUGUAAAAUAAUAGCACAUGUGAAUUCUACACAGAACAAGCCCAUGUCUCUACUACACAGUUAAAUAUAACCAAGUAACAUCUCUAGAUGUGGAUUUUUCUUCCAGGAAUAAUAAACCUGAGGUAUGCCGUUUCAGUCUUCAUCCUGUUAUAUGUAGUGCGUACUGCUAUUUUCAAGGUGAGGGACUGAGUAAUUAACCAUAUAAAAGCCAUUUUUGUUUGCCUUGACUUUUUUGCAGACUGGUAUCUUUGAAUAAAACUUCCAGAUUUAAACAGUUGUGCUAAAAACUGUUCAGGUUGCACAGAGACUUCCUUGAAGCAAACUAACUCCUAAUUGUUUUUGCAAAUAUCUGCAUAUUGCAUAUGAGACUGUUCUUUUAAGGUUUUGCUUUAACAAUUAGGAAUUAUUUUAAGAAAUGGAAAACUUCUAAAAUCUUAAUUUCAUGGUUUUUACAAAGAAGAAAACAAAAUGGGACCAAAGUUUAUGUGCCUUCAGUAGAUGUGUAAUUUUUUUGCUAUAUCUUUCUGUCUUUAGAAUCAAUACUCUUGUUUUCAAGAAAAUGUGUAUUUAUAUAGUAGAAUACCAAAUGACCCAUGAACUAUCCAUAUGUGCAGUCACUUGCUAGCUGUUCCAGUUUGGAUUGUUACCCCUUUGCUUUCAACCCAUUGUAACAUGAAUCAUGCUGCACCAUGCAGGAAUCCAAGUUAAACUUUUUAGACAUCUGGCUUGUGGUUGUUACAAUAGCUUUUAAGUGGUAAAAUACAAAAAAGGGUACAUGCUUUGACAGAACUUUCAGCUCUUGGAUCUAUGUGCAGUAUUCAUAUGAUAGUUUUAAAAAAUCUGACCAGCUGUGUACUUAGAUUCAUCUCCUUAGCCAUGCUUUUAGUUCUUUUCCCCAAUUCAGUUCUCCAGUUCUUGAAAACAGUUCAUCCCACUCCCUCAAAAUAUGGUCACUGACCAAGAAAACAGUUAUGUCAGAUUGUCACCCAUUGCAAUGACCAAAGAUUGUCUGUUCUGGUUUUAAUAAGACAUCUUGCCAGUUUCUCUCUCUGUCUCUUAAGCUAUUUUUCCUGAAAGACCCAAUGUAAAAUGGCCUUUUAUAUGAAUGCUGUUGAUGAACGGACUACUUAAUGGGAAAUGAGAUUUUUUAAAAUGUGAACCAAAUGUAAUGGCAUAAGGCAAGGGGCUAAUGGAUACUUAGUACUGUAUUCAGAGAAAAAAGGCUCACAAUUACAGGAGUCAGACAUUCCCUAACUUUUCAUGUGUUCAUGAAUCCCUUUUUAAGUUUGUAAAAAUAUCAUCUAACAAAAAUGCUGUAAAUAUUUGUAACAACAUUUUUUACCUGGCAAAAAAGGUUUUUGGGAACAAGUAUAAAAUGUUUUUAUAUUAAAAAAACACCAAUUGUCUUGUAUAUUUUGAUAAGCAACAGUACCAGCUUUCAUUUGUUAAGCAGCUUGUGGCAUUGGAGGGAAAAAAGGAUUCCAUGUUGUUGAGAUGAUGUUAUAAAUGCAAAGAAGUUGAAAUAUUAAAGAAACCUAUUUUCUAACUGCGUAGUGCAUGGUUAAUUUGAACUUCUGUACACUGCCGUAUACUCCAUUUCCUUUAAGUUUUGUGUACUUGCUGAUUACUUGAGUAUCUAUACUUAACUCUUUUUCUAACAACUCUAGUUGUAGCAUGCCUCUUAAUAAAUGUCAUGACAUCUGUACUCUCAAA